AAUAGGAUGUGCAAUAUUUCAUUAAUGAUAGUCGGAUGAUGUUACUCUUGUCCCUCACAACAUAUCACGUACUCGUAUUACAUAACUUUCGUGAUUUCAGUGUUGAGUUACGGUGCUGCUCACAUAAUUUUCUUUUAUCUUUUGUUCGGUUUUACGUUUCACUAAACACUACCAGUAUCCAGUAGUGAAAUACUGCUUCCAACUUAGCCGUUUGUUGAUGCUUGAAAUUUGAAUGAUACGAUCGUUUGCAGAAAAGUUCACGAUCCCAGUUUGACUUGAUCUGGUUCCAAAUUGACUUUGUAGACAAUAGUCAAGUAAUAAUAAUCCAAUCGAACUCUCACUUGGGGAUAAGAAGACUAACAGUAUUAGUUAUCUACAAGCUGGUUUGGACUGAGCAACUAUGAGUGAACCAUCAUCAUUGGAACCAGACUCCAGAACCCGGGAACAAGCCAGCAUCUCCUUCACAAAAAGGCACAACACAGACGACAAGAUAGCAUUUAAAUCCUCUACCCCGGGAAUGAUGGUACCUCACAAGUCACCAGGGGAGAAGGAUAACGAUUCGUUAGUGAGUGGUCAAUCCAUCGGAUCACAGAUGACACAGAAGAUCAGACAGCACACCCAGGUUCAGACGACGUGUCAGCAUUGUGGUGAGAACAUCAUGACUAACGUUAUCCACCGGAAGACCUACUUCACCUACAUGUGCACCUUGCUCUUGAUGCCUUGCUGCCUGUGUUUUAUCCCUCACGUGUUUAAGAAGUUCCAACAGCCAAUACACCACUGCCCCAUCUGCAGCCAGACGGUCAAGGAACAGAUCUUGUCUGCUGAUAAGACUCUAGCUGACUGAAAGGUCAAUUAUAAUUUAUAAACCACUGAUAGAAAGUUGGUUGGUUACAAAUAAGAUGAGAAUCAGGGUUUAAGUCCGUGGUAGGACGCUGAGUUAUUGUCCAUCUGUCUGUGGAUUCUGGUGGGGAGGUGAGGCACAUUUUUGUACACGUGACAGUGACUCUGGGUUUUGAUCGGUCAAUAGUAAACGCUCAUUGAUUAAGUGAUACCACGUGUCAGCGAAAUAUGCCUCACCUCCCCACCACAAUCCACAUCUGUAAUAAAACUGAUGUACGAUCGGCUGUGUCGUGAUAAUCCAUAAGCGACUGUUUGUUAUUCUUGGAUCUGUAAAAGAGAAACAUGUUUGCUUGAUUAUUAUGUUUUUAAUUUUAAAUACAUUUUAAAUUUGAUCUAGUAUUUGUGUUUUUGAGUUCCGCAUUAUGUAAUUUUGUACUUCCAAA